UGUAGCCUAGAAAGAUGGUUUAGCAAAUAACAUAAGGAAGAAAAACCCCCCACAGAGCAGUUUUGUGAACCCAAAGGCGCAAACGCAGGUAACUGCUACAGCGAAGGAGCCGGAGAAGAUGACGACGAAGAUAGCGCCGGGAGUCGGAGCUAAUCUACUCGGCCAGCACGCCCCCGAGCGCAACCAAGACGCCACUGCCUAUGUCGGCAAUCUAGAUCCCCAGGUUUCUGAGGAGUUGCUUUGGGAGCUGUUUGUUCAAGCCGGCCCAGUUGUUAACGUGUACGUUCCGAAAGAUAGAGUGACUAACUUGCAUCAAGGGUAUGGGUUCAUUGAGUUUCGCAGCGAGGAAGACGCGGAUUAUGCGAUCAAGGUGCUAAAUAUGAUUAAGCUCUAUGGGAAGCCGAUUCGUGUAAACAAGGCGUCUCAAGACAAGAAGAGUUUGGAUGUGGGGGCGAAUCUCUUCAUAGGAAACCUAGACCCAGAUGUUGAUGAGAAGCUCCUAUAUGAUACUUUCAGUGCAUUUGGGGUCAUUGUGACGAAUCCUAAGAUCAUGAGGGAUCCAGAUACAGGAAAUUCACGUGGGUUUGGUUUUAUUAGCUACGACUCUUUUGAGGCAUCUGAUGCAGCGAUUGAGGCUAUGAAUGGCCAAUAUCUUUGUAAUCGGCAAAUAACGGUUUCGUAUGCCUAUAAGAAAGAUACCAAGGGAGAGCGGCACGGAACGCCUGCAGAGAGAGUCCUGGCUGCUAGCAAUCCCCAGAAGAGUAGGCCUCACACUUUGUUCGCAAGUGGCCCUCCGACACUUCCAAAGGUUGCCCAGCCGAACGGUGUGAUCGGAGCUCCGGUGCCACCACGCCCCUUUGCCAAUGGCACCAUUGCUCCCAGCCCGAUUCCUGCAAUACGUCCUCCGCCACCACAAGGGGUGGCUUUCCCCCCUAUGCAGAUGCCUGGACAACCAGCCUGGCAGGGCCAGCCGCAGCAACCAGGUCAAAUGAUGCCAGGUUCCAUGAUUCCACCACCAGUUCAGCAGUUCCGGCCACCUCCUCCAAAUAUGCCUCCACCGCCGCCUCAGGCUCCCGCUCAUUCAAUGCAGAUCCCUCCACCGAUGGGAAUGGGAGGAGCACAACCACCGCUCUGGCGACCACCACCACCGCCGAUGCAGAUGCAGCAGCAGCCCGGGAGGCCCCCUAUGCAAAUGUCAUCAAUGCCUCCGCCGCCUCCUAAUCACAUUCCACCGCCUCUUCAAUCUUCAGGCUAAGACAUUAUUAUGCUAAUCUAUCAAUGAAAAUUAGGUUUUUCUGCUUAUUUCAUGUUGUGAUGAUGUGUUCAGUAGGUUGUCAUAUUGUCAUACAAAUUGCAAACACUUGAGAAAUUAGGAGGGAGUUCUGAAUUUUUGCUACAAAAUGUAAAAUGUUCUUAUUUUAAUUGUCUGAGACACUUAAAAUGUCGAAAAGAGUACUUGAUUAUGAAAAA